AUCGCAUUUCCUUGUACAGCCGGGUAUCUUUUCGUCUGUUAACGAUUUGCGGAGCUGUGUGGUAAUAUUGGAACGAUUUUAUUUAAUCGGUUUGAGAAAUAAUCAUGCCGUUCCCGGAGUUAUAUUUUAAUGUGGAUAAUGGCUAUUUGGAAGGGUUGGUGAGAGGAUUUAAGGCUGGAAUCCUUUCACAGGGAGACUAUCUCAACCUUGUGCAAUGCGAAACCUUGGAGGACUUGAAGCUGCAUCUGCAGAGCACGGACUAUGGGAGCUUCUUGGCGAAUGAGGCUUCGCCCCUCACCGUCUCUGUAAUCGACGACAAGCUGAAAGAGAAGAUGGUUGUGGAGUUCCGUCACAUGAGAAACCAGUCCUAUGAGCCACUAGCUAGUUUUAUGGACUUCAUCACGUACAGUUAUAUGAUUGACAAUGUCAUCCUCCUGAUCACGGGCACCCUGCACCAGCGUGCCAUCUCUGAGCUGGUCCCCAAGUGUCAUCCCCUGGGCAGCUUUGAGCAGAUGGAGGCCGUCAACAUCGCACAGACCCCAGCCGAGCUGUACAACGCCAUCUUGGUCGACACCCCCCUCGCUGCAUUCUUCCAGGAUUGCAUAUCUGAGCAGGACCUGGAUGAAAUGAACAUUGAAAUAAUUAGGAAUACCCUUUACAAGGCAUACUUGGAGGCUUUCUACAAGUUUUGCUCUUCCCUGGGUGGAACCACUGCCGAUACUAUGUGCCCCAUUCUUGAAUUUGAAGCGGACCGGAGGGCCUUCAUCAUCACCAUCAACUCCUUCGGGACGGAGCUCUCCAAGGAGGACCGGGCCAAGCUCUUCCCCCACUGCGGGAAGCUGUACCCCGAGGGCCUGGCCCAGCUGGCCCGCGCCGACGACUACGAGCAGGUCAAAGCCGUGGCCGACUACUACCCCGAAUACAAGCUCCUCUUUGAGGGUGCUGGCAGCAACCCAGGAGAUAAAACUCUGGAAGACAGAUUCUUUGAGCAUGAGGUGAAGCUGAACAAGCUGGCCUUCCUGAACCAGUUCCACUUCAGCGUCUUCUACGCGUACGUCAAGCUGAAGGAGCAGGAGUGCCGGAACAUCGUGUGGAUCGCCGAGUGCAUCGCCCAGAGGCACCGCGCCAAGAUCGACAACUACAUCCCCAUCUUCUAGCCCGGGCCCCCGCAAUGCGUCGCACCCGCUAGAUUCCACACGCGGCGGACCGCCGCUUCUUCGGCGUCUGGUCGUUUUUCGGAACAAAAAAAAAAAUUGUCGCAUUUACCGAUUUGCAUAGUUUACAUCUUGAUUAUAGGUAUUGCUCUUGAAAGUGAAACUCCUAAUUCCUCCCCUGGUCCCUUCCCUUUGAGUCCUUAAUGUAUUUAAAUGCCGUUAGUCCAGUGGUUAGCAUACCUUUUUCUUUUUCGUCUCUCAAAUCCCCAACUUUUCUGCAGGUGCAUUUAUUUAUUUGGCAUUUUUCAAAAACAGCCAGUAUUGAGUAAAAAAAAAAAUUUUUUUUAGGUUUAAUGUACCCGAUAGACAAACUACACUGCAUACUACUCCAUACGCUACUUCUCGCCUGCAUUAACCCUCAGGAGCUGUUAACCUCUUGAAGAAUGACACAAGUAGAUAAGAAUAUCACUGAGAUAUUGGGUGUGGUGUCAUUGCAGUACAUAACCUUUACAGCCUAUACCUGAAAUGUAAAACUCAACCUGCCAGCGUUGGCUAAAUCUCAAGAUAUGCUUUAUUAUAGAGCACGGAGCAGGUCUUGAAAGAUUAAUCCAAUGGUGGAUAAUAUGUCGAAGAGAUUGCUGUCUGCACAUUUGGCAUUUGGCAUCACAGAAGAAAAGUGUAAAUGUUGCUGAUUUAAAAAACAAAUGCAUUCCACACCACCAAGCACUUUUUACCCCCACAUUCACGGGCAGACAAAAUAUAUCUUGUACAUUUUUUCGCUGUCUAGCUUUUCAUUCUCGUCUGCCAGUAGUCACAGUAUUUUCUUUAUGUGCAGGAUUCUUUUGUGUCAGAAUGUCUACACAAUGUUUCAGCUGUGUCCAGAGCGAUGUUUACAUUUGAGAGGUACCGUUCAUAUAGUCGGCGUCGUGUAAUGAAUUCCAUCCCAAAUGUCUACUCUCUGAUACGUAACUGCAAACUACUGUAGGUUCAGAGAAGUAGUCCGUCUGUAAAUACUCAGAAUAAGGUGAUUUAAUGCCAGACAGUGUGUUGCAGUAGUACACGGUGUAAAUAACAGCAUAAUAAAAAUUCAAGUUUAUAAAACCAGAUACAUUCUGCAACUGUUUUACAAAUGACAUCCAGCAUAAAAGAGGUUAAAUGUAUGCGCUAGAGCCGGGGGUCCCAACCCUGGUCUUGGAGAACCCCUGGGUAUACUGGUUUUCACUCCAACCCGCUCUUAAUUAAGGCUAUUUGAAGAAAUGGGAUUAAGUUCCAUACAUUUGUGCUGAAGCAGACUUUAGCACAGUACAUUUUUGGCUUGUUACCAAUUGUUUUUUUCAUUUUCCACAAGUGGAUUAGUUAUAAAUGGCCAGUUGUCCACCCUUUCAGCAUUUAGUAUCCAUCAGUAAAAUAAUACAAAACAUGAUAUCUUUCAAAAGGAACCCCAUGAAUUACAGAAAAUGUAAGCAUUAGUUGCCUGAGAACUGAUUUGACUGAUUAAAAAUCAAUUGAUUAAUAUGGAAUAUUCCUUUUUAUAUCUGAUUCGGACAUAAUGUGCCAUAAUGAGAGAAUAAACCGUCUUUCAUUACACUUGCAUUGAAUUAAAAACAAUUAAAGGGUCUUUGUACGUGCAGUUGUAACUUGGAAUUAAUGUUGACAAUAAAACCAAAGUACACAGAGACCAGGGGUUCAGGACCAGGGUUAGCAAACCCACCUUUGCUACGGUAAACUUUGCUUUAGUAGGGACACCCUUUUCACGUAAUUUCUGUGCUCGUUGAAUGCCAUCUUGUCUAGACUGUCCACUGAAACUAAGAUGUGUGUGAAUUGUGCUCUUCUGCUCUGUAAACCUGUAGACUAACCAUUAUAAAUUUAAAUAAUCAGAUGUUAAUUUAUUGAAAGGAACAGAUUUUAAUGUUCUUGUACGAAGUUGAAAUAUGAAGCAUUUAAAUUGAUAUGCAUAUAUUUUAAUUUGAUGACUUCUUCAGGUCUUUUCUCUUGUAAAUAUUCAUAUACUGCGGUCAGUGACUCGUGAUUGAACCUCGAGUGUAUUUCUUAUUUUGUGAUGUUUCCCAUACAUAUGAGAGUAUAAAGUGUAUGUACUGUUCCUGAAAGAC